UCAAAACCAAUCCCAGAAACCUAUAUCAUAUUCACAUUCGGACUAUUUUUGUUAAUUCCCCAGUAACCUCCCCUCUUCCUCCUCAAUUCUGUUCUGUUCACCUCCGACACCUCUUCGAUUCAAUUGUUGAAUGUCAUGGGCAGAGAAUUGUUGUUUUGGGCAUUCAUCACACUUCUCCUUGCCUUAAUCCGAAGAAUUGCUUGGGCCAUUCUCAACGGCCGUCGGAACCGCAAGCCAGCCGUCGGGUUCUUCCAUCCCUACACCAACGACGGCGGAGGCGGUGAGAGAGUCCUUUGGUGCGCCGUCAAAGCUAUUCAGGAUGAAAACCCUAACCUCGAUUGCCUCAUCUUCACCGGCGAUCAUGAUGCUUCACCAGAAAGCUUGAUGGCUCGUGCCGUCGAUCGAUUUGGUGUCAAACUUCAUUUUCCACCCAAGGUUGUACAUCUUCAUAAAAGGAAGUGGAUUGAAGAAACUACUUAUCCUCGCUUUACUAUGAUUGGUCAAAGUCUUGGCUCUAUUUAUCUCUCAUGGGAGGCCUUAUGCAGAUUCACUCCUCUAUAUUAUUUUGACACUAGUGGAUAUGCUUUUACCUACCCUAUUGCUCGGUUGUUUGGUUGCAUUGUUGUUUGUUACACACAUUAUCCUACUAUCAGCUUAGACAUGCUAUCUCGUGUUCGUGGGAGAAGCUCGAUGUAUAACAAUAACGCCUUAAUUGCUAAAAGCUCGUGGCUUUCUCAGUGCAAAAUUAUCUAUUAUGUUCUCUUUAGCUGGAUGUAUGGAUUUGUUGGCUCAUUUACGCAACUUGCCAUGGUCAAUUCUUCAUGGACUCAGUCUCAUAUCAAAAGCCUCUGGAAAAUUCCUGACCGCAUUAAGCGAGUCUAUCCUCCAUGUGAUACUUCUGUAUUACAGGCACUUCCUUUAGAACGAUCCUGUAAAACUCCAAUUAUUAUAUCUGUUGCUCAAUUUCGUCCAGAGAAGGCACAUUUACUCCAACUUGAGGCAUUUGCAGUUGCUAUCAAAAAAUUAGAUGCAAGUUCAGUGAGGCCUAAGCUUCAGUUUGUAGGAAGCUGUCGCAAUAAAUCAGAUGAAGAAAGACUCCAAAUUUUGAAAAACAAGGCUAUCGAACUGAAAGUUGAUGAGCAUGUGGAAUUCCACAAGAAUUUAAUGUACAGGGACUUGGUGGGACUUCUAAGGGGUGCUGUGGCAGGAAUUCAUUCCAUGACGGAUGAGCAUUUUGGAAUAAGUGUGGUAGAGUACAUGGCUGCAGGAGCAAUCCCAAUUGCUCAUAACUCUGCUGGACCAAAGAUGGACAUAGUUCUCGAAGAAGACGGACAACAAACUGGAUUUCUCGCCACCAAUGUUUAUGAAUAUGCAGAUGCUAUUCUACAUAUUCUAAGAAUGCCUGAAACAGAGAGACUCAAAAUGGCUGCCGCAGCAAGGAGACGUGCAGAGAGAUUUUCCGAGGAUAAGUUUUACGAAGAUUUCAAGACAGCAAUCCGGCCAGUUUUCAGCUUGGUUUCAAGGUGACAGUGCAAGUGAGUAAUUGCACUAAACACUGUAAUUGAUCUUCUUUAUACUGAGUUCUUCUAAAGCGUAUAAAUAGUUGACUCCUCGGAACCAUUAACUCUCAUCCCAAACACAGAUCAGUUUCUACUCCACUACUUAGUUUAGUUAAUUUUAGUUUAAAUUACAAAUUCAGACCUUGAAUUUGUGUUAGAUUAAAUUACAAGUUCACGACUCUACUAAAACAAAGGUGUAAGUUACUGUUCCAUUGAACAUCAAAUUCGAAUUUAUAUCUAUAGAUCAUUAAGUUUUUGUACA